CCCGCCCCCGGAGCAGAGCCGGAAGAGGGCGGGACGAGCCGGAAGAAGGUGAAAUGCUUUCGGUGGGCGCUCCACGGCUGUGAAGAUGGCGGCGGCUGCGUGGCUUCAGGUGCUGCCUGUCACUUUUCUUCUUCUAGGGGCUCAGCCGUCCCCACUGUCGCUUUUUGGUGCAGGACCGGCACCUGUGUCUGCAGCCGACCGAUCUAAGUGGCACAUUCCGAUAACGUCGGUGAGUGGGAAAAAUUACUUUAGCUUCGGAAAGAUCCUAUUCAAAAAUACCACUAUCUUCCUGAAAUUUGAUGGAGAACCUUGUGAUCUGUCUUUGAAUAUAACCUGGUUUCUGAAAAAUGCAGAUUGUUACAAUGAAAUCUACAACUUCAAGGCAGAGGAAGUAGAGACAUAUUUGGAAAAACUUAAGGAAAAAAGAGGCUUGUCUGGGAAAUAUCAAACGUCAUCCAAGUUGUUCCAGAACUGCAGUGAACUCUUUAAAACACAGAGCUUUUCUGGGGAUUCUGUGCAUCGACUACCUCUUCUAGGAGAAAGACAGGAGGCUAAAGAGAAUGGAACAAAUCUUACCUUUACUGGAGACAGAACUGCAAUGCAUGAACCAUUGCAAACUUGGCAAGAUGCACCUUACAUUUUUAUUGUACAUAUUGACAUUUCAUCCUCAAAGGAAUCAUCUAGAGAAAAUUCACUAAGUAAUCUUUUUACCAUGACUGUUGAAGUGAAGGGUCCCUAUGAAUACCUCACACUUGAAGACUACCCAUUGAUGAUUUUUUUCAUGGUGAUGUGCAUUGUGUACGUCCUGUUUGGUGUUCUGUGGCUGGCGUGGUCUGCCUGCUACUGGAGAGAUCUCCUGAGAAUUCAGUUUUGGAUUGGUGCUGUCAUCUUCCUUGGAAUGCUUGAGAAAGCUGUCUUCUAUGCAGAAUUUCAAAAUAUUCGAUACAAAGGAGAAUCUGUACAAGGAGCCUUGAUCCUUGCAGAGUUGCUUUCAGCAGUCAAACGCUCACUGGCUCGAACCCUGGUCAUCAUAGUCAGUCUGGGAUAUGGUAUAGUCAAGCCUCGUCUUGGAGUUACUCUUCACAAGGUUGUGGUGGCUGGAGCCCUCUAUCUGUUGUUUUCCGGCAUGGAAGGGGUCCUCAGAGUUACCGGGUAUUUUUCUAAUUCCUUGGCUCUGAUAGUAAACCUGGCCCUCUCAGCAAUUGAUGCCUGUGUUAUUUUAUGGAUAUUUAUUAGCCUGACUCAAACAAUGAAGCUAUUAAAACUCCGGAGGAACAUUGUAAAACUCUCUUUGUAUCGACAUUUCACCAACACACUUAUUUUGGCAGUAGCAGCAUCUAUUGUGUUUAUCAUCUGGACAACCAUGAAGUUCAGGAUAGUAACUUGUCAGUCGGACUGGCGGGAGCUGUGGGUGGAUGAUGCCAUCUGGCGGUUGCUGUUCUCCAUGAUCCUCUUUGUCAUCAUGGUUCUCUGGAGACCGUCAGCAAACAACCAGAGAUUCAGAAAUGUGGAGUCAAGUUUGUUAUUUUUUUCCAUGGUGAAUUGUGCAUUUUGUUUCUUAAGAAAUCCUUCCCUAGCCUGAGGCAGAGUUACAGAGAGCAAGAUGCAGAGUGAGAGUCUUCUAUCCACUGGUCACUCUCCAAAGCUGAACUGAUCUGAAGCCAGGAGCCAGGAGCUUCAUCCGGGUCUCCCACAUGGGUGCAGGAGCCAAGCACUUGAACCAUCUUCCACUGCUUUCCCAGGCACAUUAGCAGGGAGCUGGAUCAGAAGUGGAACAACUGGGACUCGUACUGGUACCCACAUGGGAUGCUGGCACUACAGCACCACUACGCCAUAGUGCCAGCCUGUUUAUUGGAAUUUAAUGACUUAAUGGAUUAAUUAGGGAAAUUCAAUAGCUUUUUGAUAAUUCCAUCUUUGAAAAUGGUAUCUCCCCCUCAUUUUUUUUUUAGUUCUUUCAGUGUUUUUGUUUCAGGUAUGUUUUGUAACUUUUUAUUUAAAUUUUUUGUGGUUUAUAUGAAUGCAUUAUGUAUUAAAAUAUUACUUACUGCUUUUCCAAAUAUUUAGGAAUACUUUUGGUUUUUGUAUGCUUAUCUUAAUCAGCAACCUUCCAAAAUUAUCUUGUUCAGAUAAUUUCUAGGUUUUUCUCAUAAGGUAGGUUUUUGUCUUAAAGCAAUCAUAAUAUUCCUUCUUUGGCAAAUAAUCUUCCUGCUUCAUUUCUGAUUCUGGUAUUAUUACAUUGGCCAAGUCCUCUUCUUUAACAGUGUAUACAGGAACUGCUAGUGGACCUUAUCAUCUUAUUCUUUUUUUUGUUAAAGGUUUUAUUUAUUUAUUUGAGAGGUAGAGUUACAAACAGUGAGAGGAAGAGACAGAGAGAAAGGCCUUCCGUCUGCUGGUUCACUCCCCAGAUGGCCACAGUGGUCGGAGCUGUGCCAAUCCGGAGACAGGAGCCAGGAGCUUCCUCCGGGUCUCCCACGUGGGUGCACAGGCCCAAGGACUUGGGCCAUCUUCCACUGCUUUCCCAGGCCAUAGCAGAGAGCUGGAUCAGAAGUGGAACAACUGGGACUCACACUGGCACCCACGUGGGAUGCCAGCGCCACAGGCAGAGGAUUAACCUGCUGUGCCAUGGUGCCCACCCCCAUGUUAUUUUGUCUUUUAAUGCUUCUCAAGUAUCAUCAUAACUAUGAUAUUUACCAUGAAGUCUUGUUAGUUACCCUUUAACAAGUUAUAGAUGUUUCAUACUACUACUAGCUUAUUAAGAGUUUUGAUCAUGAAAGGGAGAUUUAAAAAAGGUAGGUUGAAAAUAGUAGGCCAUAAUAAAAUAGAAUAGAGUAAGGUCAAAGCUAAAGCAGUCUAGGAAUCACCUGUCUGACAGCGGCUUUGCUGAGUCUCCUGGAAAUUGCCAGGGAAAGGUGUCUGAGAUGGGCCAGACCAGGCCUUGUCUUCCAGUGCUUCACACUUGAAAACAGAUUUUACAUUACCUGGAAUGCAUAAGAUGAGGCUUCUCUCAACUCCCACCUCUGAAGGCUGAAAUUUUAAUUUAGAUGAGAAUUUAUUUUCCUCUGUGGUACAUAUACCCUUCUAAGUGAACUUGUAAUUGGAUAUUUAUAAAUGCAUCAGUGUUAUGCUAAGCCCCUUAUUUGUAAUGACUCACUGUUCACAAACACCUCCAGGAGUGUUUUGAAUGAUGUUCUGUUAGCCUUGUUUACAGAUGAGCUUGUCUAAGGUCACAGGUUUUAAGUAUAUGGCUAAACCUGCACUCAAAUAGGAUGCUUCUCUCUUGCUGAUAUAGGCAGUUGAGAGCUUUCUCAAAGGGAAGAACAACUGUUACUCAUUCACUUGAUUGAUGAGUUACUACAGAUGCAGUUUGGGUGAUAAAUUCUGUAAAAUCCAGAUGGUAGAGCAAUUUAUAGUUUUCUAAUGUUUUCUUUCUAUUC